CUAUGGCUGAAAGCUUCGUAGUCUCUCAAAAACACGGUAAAGUAAAGUCGUAUGUCGUAGGUUGGUAACGUCGGUUGCGCAAUUGCAAAAAUGCCGUUUUAUCAAUAUAAUUCCUUUACUGGAAGAAUAAAACCGUCUACCAGUUUUCAACCGCUUUAUCCUCUUUCUCCUAUUCCUUUACAGAGGACAGAACCACCAGUAAUAAUCUAUGACACUAUCAAAACUAAACCAGUGUCAGUUACGCCAAAGUCAGGAUAUUGCACUGACAAACCACCUACUCUUGAUCCAAAAAUGUGGGCAAAGUACAAGCAUUUUCAGGCUGUAAUUGACAAGCCUGUAUACCUAGCAGGUGGCAAGAAAGACAAAAUAUUAUUUGGAGUUACAGUCGCAUACCUUGGUCUUUGUACACUACAAUCACUGGUGUUUAUUGCUAAAGAAUGCUUGAAUAUUAUUUGAAUAUGAAUAAGUGAAUAUUAUGUAGAUAAUAAAUACAUAGACUAUCUGGUAUUACAAUUCUCUGUAUUAACAUUGCAAAUGCGCUGGAAGAGAAUUAUAUAGAAUUACAUUAACAAAUUAAAAAGA